CCGUGUAAAAGGAAACAUUAAAUUCGCACAAACGAGACAGACAUGUCUGGUAAAAGAUCACAAUCAAGGUACUACUCGACAAUUUGUGAUCCGAAUUUCCCGGUAAUGUAGAGCAUUUCAUCGUCGUCACCCCUGAAAAGUAUAAAGAAUUAUCACUUCAUCAGGAUUCAGGACCUGAAAAAUCCACGUUGACAGAUGGUCGAUAAAACCUAUAAUGGAUAAUCUCCGCACUAAUUACUGCUGUGUGUGGCACAUUGUUAGCUUGCUUAUUCCCUUGAGUGAUGGAAGCUCAAGUUGCAGCUCACUUUCAUUUCCAUUCCCAACCCCAUCGCCUACCUCAUGCCAGCAGAAUUAAUCUCUUCCCUCGAACACACAUUAAUUUUCAAUUUUCACCAUCACCGGAGAAGGCAAAGUUUGGUCGUGGGACGCCAUUUCGGAAAAACAAAUUUCUUAGCUUUUGGCCGGUUCACAUGGCUGCGACAGAAGCAGCACAAAGCCAACCCGUCACAAAAGCUCAGGGAAGCUUUGGCAAAGCUGUGGUGGUUGGAGGUGGGCCAGCAGGUUGUGUCAUGGCACUUUAUUUACUUCGUAGGGGAUUUCAUGUUCAUGUUUUUGAACGUCGAUCAAUGAUAGAUGAAGCCAGACUCAGAGGUGAUCCGCGCUCUUUUCCUAUUCUGUUGACAAGAAGAGGCAUUAAGGUCAUUGAAGCAGCUGGUUUGGAGUUGCCUUCUUCCAUUUUGAAACCACAAGUAGGCAAUUGUUCCCACCUACCGAAAGGGAAAAAGAUGAAAAUGGAUUAUUACAGUGGACCUGGAACACAAAGCUAUGUAGCAAGCCGCAAUGGAUUAGUGGCUUUUCUGCAACAAAGUCUUCUUCAAAGAGUUUCUGAGAAUCUCACUCUUUAUUUCGGAUGGGAGCUUUCAUCAAUAGAUGACAAAAAGAGCACAGCCAAAUUUUUCUGCAAUCAGAAGUAUAGCAGUGAUAGUGGAACUAAUGAUCGAGGUAAAGUUCAUUUGGAUGAGAUUGAAGUUGAAUUUGAUUUUCUAGUUGGAGCUGAUGGUGUUUCAAGUAAAGUACGAUCAGAAAUUUUGCGACUUGAUCAGGCCUAUGGAGCAAGUGAUAAGUCACAUAUCACUCUAGACUUCAUGGAGAACCCACGCAGUUACAAGUCAUUCUAUGUUUGUCCUUCUUUGGCAAGGGAGUCUGCCUUUAUUGUUGAUCAUGAUAGGGUGCAGGCUUGGCGAAACUUAAAUUUGCUGCUAGUUAAUGUUGCCGAUGGAAGCUUUUGGGGUGGUACAUUGAAUGAAGAACUCGUGAGUGCACCUUCUCCAACAGAUAUCACUAGGAUCUUUAGAGAGAAAGCUCCAGAUGUGCUUGAUCUACUUCUACGUGAGAACCAGAAUUUUGCAGAAGAUUUGUGGAAGCAGGCACCAAUGAGAGGUGGUGGGGCAGUACUUCUCUCCCAAUUCCAUCACAGAAACAUAGUCGUGAUUGGGGAUGCAGCACAUGGAAUGUUUCCAACCUAUGGUACUGGUUGUAAUGCAGCCUUGGAAGAUUGUUUGAUAAUGGAUAACAUUUUGGAGGAAUUGACACCAUCUGAUGGAAGACAAAAAAUCCCUUAUCAUUUAGCAACUGCAGAAUUUACAAAGAGACGAAUUCUAGAUGCUCAUGCCAUUGUGGAGAUGAAUUCAAAUUUCUUGCUUUUUCCACGGAAUAAACUGGGAAUCAUUCAAUCUGUUUUGUUGCGUGCGCUUCAUAAGUGGUUUCCUAAAAUAUUUGGACCGACCGCACACCAACUUUUGUGGACAGACACUCCCUACAGCAAAAUCAGGACUAAGAAACACAAGGAAGAUAUAUUCGUCUACAGCAUAAUCGUAGUUUUAGGCUUGCUCAUUGUCUUGGGUGGUGUAUCUAUACUUAAGAAAUUAAUCGCUGCUAAAUCCAUAUAAGCAAGAUUUGUAGGUAAAGAAAGAGUGCAAUCAUCAAAGACAUGGCUAUCUCAAGUAAUUGAAUGGACGGACAUUCUCUUCUUUUUAGCCUUGGAGAUUCUAAUCCCAACAAUAAGAGAGCAAGUAAUUGAUUAACAGAAUUUUCAAAUGUUUUGUGCAUAAGUUUCACUCACCACAUCAGGGAUGGUACAUUAUAAUUCUAAUUUGUUUUAGUCUAAAUAAAUUGGAGUUUAAGUUCCUUA